CUCUACGACCGCCAGUUAUACAGGGGUCUGGGAGGAGAGCUCAUGAGACAAGCAGUGUGCGUUUUAAUAGAAAACUUGUCCCUUUCCAAAAUGCCUUUUAGAGGUGACGUCGUCAUUGAUGGCUGGCAGUGGCUGAUAGAUGACACGUUGAGGAAUCUCCAUCUUAUUUCAAGUCACUCUCGACAACAGGUCAAGGAGGCGGCGGUCUCGGCCCUGGCUGCGCUCUGCCGCGAGUACUACGUCCUGGACGGCGGCCAGGCCGAUCCUGCCAGGCAGGAGGAGCUGCUGCGGCAGUACCUGGCCGACCUGCAGAGCCCCGAGGAGAUGGCUCGCUGCGGCUUCUCGCUGGCCCUGGGCGCCCUGCCUCGCGUCCUCCUCCAGGGCAGGCUGCAGCAGGUGCUGGCCGGCCUGGGAGCCGUGACCACCAUCUGUCCCAAGGACGUGAGCUUUGCCGAGUCCAGGCGGGAUGCCUUGAAGGCGAUCUCGAGGGUUUGCCAGACGGUCGGCGUGAGAGCAGGAGGGGCCCCCGACGAGGUUGUGUGUGAAGAGAACGUCUCCCAGAUUUACCGCACGCUGCUGGGCUGUCUGCGCGACUACACCACCGACAGCCGAGGGGACGUGGGUGCCUGGGUCCGCGAGGCCGCCAUGACCAGCCUGAGGGACCUGACGCUCCUGCUGGGGAGGGAGCAGCCUGAGCUGCUGGAGGCCAGCAUCUGUCAGCAGGUCAUGUGUUGUGUGGCCCAGCAGGCGAGUGAGAAGAUCGACCGGGUCCGUGCCCACGCUGCGCGGGUGUUCAUGACGCUGCUGCACUGCGACGGCGCCCCCCUCCCUCACGUGCCCCACCGAGGAGAGCUGGAGGAGCUCUUCCCCAGGUCUGACGUGGCCUCUGUGAACUGGAAUGCGCCGUCCCAGGCCUUCCCUCGCAUCACCCGGCUUCUGGGGCUGCCCGCCUACCGCUACCACGUCCUGCUGGGCCUGGCUGUGUCCGUGGGUGGCUUGACGGAGUCCACGGUCAGGUACUCGACGCAGAGCCUCUUCGAGUACAUGAAGGGGAUUCAGAACGACCCGCAGGCCCUAGAGGGCUUUGGGGGGACCCUUCUGCAGCUCUUUGAGGACAACCUUCUGAACGACAGGGUGUCUGUGCCGCUGCUGAAGAUGCUGGACCAGAUGCUGGCCAACGGGUGCUUCGACCUCUUCACCGCGGAGCAGGACCACCCCUUCGGCGUGAAGCUGCUGGCGCUCUGUAAGGAGGAGACCAGGAAGUCCAAGGAUGUGCAGAAGCUGCGGUCGGGCGUCGCCGUGUUCUGUGGGAUGGUGCAGUUCCCGGGGGACGUGAGGAGGAAGGUCCUCCUGCAGUUGUGCCUCCUGCUGUGCCACCCGUUCCCCGUGAUCCGGAAGAGCACGGCGAGCCAGGUGUACGAGAUGCUGCUCACCUACGGGGACGUCCUGGCUGACGGCGUCCUGGAGGAGGUCAUGGCUGUGCUGGGCGCCACGGCCUGGGACGCGGAGCUCCCAGUCGUGAGAGCCCAGCGGAACCGCCUGUGUGACCUCCUCGGCGUGCCCCGACCGCAGCUGGUCCCUAAGCCUGGCACCGGCUGAGCACCUGCUGCCCAGGGGGCGGAGGAGACCGACGCCGGUCAGCACACCUGGAGGCGGCCCCGGGCCCGGAGGUGGCCCCACCUGAGCAGCAGCUCUUCCUCACGUGUCUGGGGUGUUGGUGCUUUGUCUUCACGUCCGUGGGAACCCCGUCCAUAAAACCACGUCCCCAGCA